AUGAUGUACUUGGAAGAGAGAAAGCUGGUGCAUCGUGAUGUUGCCGCUCGAAAUGUGCUCGUUGGAGAGAAGAUUUCUGGCGUUCCCGUCGUGAAGGUAGCUGAUUUUGGUUUGGCAAGAAAGCUAAUGGAAGAAGGCAUCUAUGAGGCGAGUACGGAGUCGAAAUUCCCAAUCAAAUGGACAGCUCCUGAGGCGGCCACUUACGGUAACUAUACAGUGAAAAGCGAUGUCUGGUCAUAUGGGAUUCUAAUCUAUGAGAUGAUGACUCGAGGACAAGAUCCAUACCCUGGCAUGCCCUACAGCCUAGAACUGAUAAGAAAAGUCGAGCACGGUUAUCGGAUGCCUUUACCACGUGGUUGCCCGGGGAAUAUCUACACUGAGGUGAUGCUGAAAUGUUGGGAGAAAAACCCGGAGAGGCGGCCAACCUUCGAGUAUCUCUAUCGCUACUGCAGGACUACGUCUCAUCGCAACCCAACUACGUUCCACCAAAUGUCUAAAUUUUGCUUC